AUGUGGCGGCGCCCCACGUGCUCGUCCCGGCCGCCGCUCUCCCCUGCCCAGGGCCCGCCAGCGAACGCUGCCCUCGCCCGCAGGUCGAGCACCGAGCUGCGCAAGGAGAAGUCCCGGGAUGCGGCUCGCAGCCGGCGCAGCCAGGAGACCGAGGUGCUGUACCAGCUGGCGCACACGCUGCCCUUCGCGCGCGGGGUCAGCGCGCACCUGGACAAGGCCUCCAUCAUGCGCCUCACCAUCAGCUACCUGCGCAUGCACCGCCUCUGCGCCGCAGGGGAGUGGAACCAGGUGGGAACAGGGGACGAACCACUGGAUGCCUGCUACCUGAAGGCCCUGGAGGGUUUCGUCAUGGUGCUUACCGCCGAGGGAGACAUGGCUUACCUGUCGGAGAAUGUCAGCAAACACCUGGGCCUCAGUCAGCUUGAGCUCAUUGGACACAGUAUCUUUGAUUUCAUCCACCCCUGUGACCAGGAGGAGCUUCAGGAUGCCCUGACCCCCCGGCAGAGCCUGUCCAAAAAGAAGCUGGAGGUCCCCACGGAGCGGUGCUUCUCCUUGCGCAUGAAGAGCACCCUCACCAGCCGAGGGCGCACCCUCAACCUCAAGGCGGCCACCUGGAAGGUGCUACACUGCUCUGGACACAUGAGGGUCUACAAGCCACCCCCACAGCCUUCCCCAGCCGGGACCCCCAAUUUAGAGCCACCCCUGCAAUGCCUGGUCCUCAUCUGUGAAGCCAUCCCCCACCCGGACAGCCUGGAGCCCCCGCUGAGCCGGGGGGCCUUUCUCAGCCGCCACAGCCUGGACAUGAAGUUCACCUACUGUGAUGAGAGGAUCGCCGAAGUUGCUGGCUACAGCCCCGAGGAUCUGAUUGGCUGCUCUGCUUACCAGUAUAUCCACGCGCUGGACUCGGAUGCAGUGGGCCAGAGCAUCCACAGCCUGCUGAGCAAGGGACAGGCAGUAACGGGGCGAUAUCGCUUCCUGGCGCGGAGUGGUGGCUACCUGUGGACCCAGACCCAGGCCACAGUGGUGUCAGGGGGCCGGGGUCCCCAGUCUGAGAGUAUCAUCUGCGUCCACUUCCUGAUCAGCCGGGUGGAAGAGACUGGAGUGGUGCUGUCCUCGGAGCAAAUGGAGCGACACUCUCGCAGACCCGUUCAGCGGGCCACCCCCUCUCAGAAGGAUCCCCCUAAUCCUGGGGACAGCCUUGCAGUCUCUGGUCCCCGGAUCCUGGCCUUCCUACACCCCCCUGCCCUGAGCGAGGCCACGCUGGCCGCUGACCCCCGCCGUUUCUGUAGCCCUGAUCUCCGUCGCCUCCUGGCACCUAUUCUAGAUGGGACUUCAGUAGCCACCACCCCCAGCGCACCCCCGGCCUCAAGGUGCCCCCAGAGCCCCCUUCCGGCUGAUCUCCCAGAUGAGCUACUCGUGGACGUGGAGAAUGCACACAAAGUCUUGGCCUCUGGGAAAGACAUGGAGGUAGUGGAGACAGAUCUAGAUAUAACUCAGGACGCCGAUGCCCUGGAUCUGGAGAUGCUGGCCCCCUACAUCUCCAUGGAUGAUGACUUCCAGCUCAACUCCAGCGAGCACGUACCCAGGGCCUACCACAGACCUCCGGGGGCUGCCCCCCGGCCCCGCGCUCGGAGCUUCCACGGCCUGUCACCCCCAACUCCUGAGCCUUCCCUGCUGCCCCGCUGGGGGAGUGACCCCCGCCUGAGCUGUUCCAGCCCUUCCAGAAGGAACGCCUCAGCCCCAUCCAUGGCUGGGGCUCGGAAGAGGCCCCUGGCCCAGAGCUCAGAGAACGGGGCCGAAGGGGUGGAGCUGCUGGGAGUAAGACCCCCCAAACGGUCCCCCAGCUCAGAACCUGAAAACUUUCUACUGCCUCCUCUCAGCCUGAGUUUCCUUCUGACAGGAGGACCCACCCCAGCCAGACAGCAGGAUCCCAGCACCCACCUCCUGGAACUAAAUGAGUCCCUGGGCCUGGGCCCUUCACUGCUCUGUCUCUACCCGGAUGAGGACACCACCCAACCCAAGAGCCACUUCCCACCAGCGACAAGCUUGACCCAAGCCCACUGA